UUGCUAGGAGUUGAAGCAUAUACAACAGAUAUACUUAAUCAAAAGGUUACGGUCAGUGGUAAUUUUAAUUUGGAGAAGCUAUUGAAAACUCUCAAGAAAAAAACAGGUAAAAAGGCAGAAAUCUUGAUGGUGAAUGAGAAAGCUGAUAUGGUUGAGAAAGAAGAUGAUGAACCUGAAGUAGUUCUGGAAGAAAAUGAGGAACAUGAAACAAUUAUAGAGAAUAAUGAAGAUGAAAAAAAAAUUGAAACCCCUCAAACAAGUACAACAGAAGUCGAAAUUCAUAUGACAUUUCUAUGUGAGAAUUUUGAGGUAGACGUCGGAAAAGUUAUUUCUAAAUUUGAAGGAGUUAAAACAUGUGCGGUCGAUAUAGAAAAUCAAAAAGUUGUAAUCACAGGCGAUUUUGAUAAGGAACAGUUAUUGAAAACACUUAAGAAAAAAUUGAGUAAAAGUAUAAACAAAAUGGAGCAGAAGAAAAAGGACAAAGAACCUAUAAAGAAAGAUGAAAAAAUUGAAAUCGAUAGAGAUAUUUAUAUCAACCCAAGUAGUGUUGAUGAAAAGGAGAUGUCCAGAUAUAUGAUGUUUAGUGAUGAAAAUCCUAAUGCAUGUUCUAUUUCGUAAUGAAAUAUAGUCAAACUAAUAUCUAUCAUGAGAAACUUGAUAUGAUAAUGGAUUGUAUUUAUUUGGUGAUACUUUGUUAUUUUCUUUACCUUGAAAUAAUAUAA